GUGAUUGCUGAGCGUUCUAUGAGGCCUUCUGCUCUGCAGAUGGGGCCCUUUGAUACUUAGAAUCAUAGAAUCGUUAAGGUUGGAAAAGAUCAUUGGUUGUCAGGUACGCUCUAGAAAGGGCUAUGGAUUCAACCUUCUGCUUCCUUGCUUAUUGGCUGAAUGUGCCACAGAAGCAGCAGGAUUAGGAAUGGAUUUGUGUUACAGGGAUCAACUGUGAGAACUCCAGCUCCUGCCUAACGAAACUCAGCUCACAUAUUCAUGCACCUCUUACUGUGUGACAGAGCUGGAGCGGGACCAAGAGUGAGCAGAACUGGAUGAUCUUCAAGGUCCCUUCCAACCUAAGCCACUCUGUGAUUCUAUGAUCCAAUCCUCCAUGGACUUUAAAGGCUGUUGGGUCAGGCCCUGCAGGAAUCCUGUUCCUCGCAUAGGGUGGGGCUGACCCAGAGGCCAGGACCAGACCUUCUCUGGUGUCAGUGCAGAAUGCUGCAAGAGCACAGGUGAAGACUUUGAGUCAGUGAGCAGCAAAAGAAACUUUAAAUAGUGGGGACUGGGAGGUGAGAUAAGCGGUUCCCCAGAGCUCGUGGUGCAGGAGGUAUUUGUAGGGGUGGGGAAGGAUGAAGGAUUUAGCUUGUGUAAAAAUCUGUGAUUUAAAAUAUGUGAUGGGUGAGUUUUGACUUUACAGGCAGAACUAAAUUCAGAGUGCUUGCUAUUGCCAGCUGAAGGAUUUUAAAUGGGAGCUCUGUGGAAGGCCUGGGGAUUGCAAUGUCUUUCUGAUGGCUGCACCCAUUCUGUAUGUCUGGUUUGCACCUGUAGCUUCCUUACUAGCCAAGGUCAAAGGCAUGGCCAAAGGGUGCAUGAUUGUAGGUGUCCUGGUGGGCACCAAGGUGCUUGAGCUUGCUCCUGCCCCUCUUUGGUCCCUCUGUCCCGUGCAGGAGGAUAGCCCGAACCCCCCAGCUCCAUCUCUGCUGUGCUGGGGCUGGUGGCAGCGGUGCCCUCGGAGUGUUGUCCUGCUGGGGGGCCAGAGGCCGGCUCUGUAAUGGAUCCUCACCAGGUGGUUACCGUUUAGAGGCUUUGAUCUCCUGCUGCUUGAUUUUUUUCCAACCCCUCGAUUGAAUUUCUCUCGUGUAACCGAGCUCCGCUGAUAUAUUCUGGCCAUAUAUAAUGGAUGGAGGUUGAGUGAGGAAACAAAAACAGCGCUGAACAUUGGGAGUGGCCAUGCGGGUCCUGCGGCUGGGCCCCCUCCCUGCCACUGCCCCGCAGGUGUGUGCUGCUGGGCACAGGGCACCUGCACCUACGUCCCCACCCGACCUGGCGUUGGAUUGUGCAUCGCUUGACCUGGAGGUUGGUGCGGCGGACGCGUCAGUACGGUGGGUGCCAGGCUCUGUCCUCCUCCAUCGCCCCAUCAUCCUAUUGCUCCCCAAACCCACCGAGUCCAUGCUGGCACCACUGUAUCAGCCACAUCUUUGGCUCCUGCAAGGCGGGCAGUGAGCUGGCAGCUGAUGCUGGCCAGCACAUUUGCUUCACUAAUGAGGCUCCUCCUUUUCAAGGGCUCUGAGAUAACACCCGGCGGUGCAAGCAACAGCACUGGGAUCCAGUUGCUCAUUUUUUGCCCAGGACAGUGUGUGGGCAGCACAGUGCUCCUGGCUCCAUGUCUCUUGGGGGCGGCCAUGUCCCCUGUCUCCGCUGGCUCCGUGCAGGUGAGAAGCACCAUGCUCUACUGGAGGGGCACCUCAGAAUGAGCCCCCACCACUGAGCCCCAUCUCCUGCCACGGCCGCAUGAGCAUUGCCUGUGGCAGCAAGACCUAAGGUGAGCGGACACUGGGAGAAGGGAUGGGGAAAAAGAAUGACUGGUGUUGGUGGGGGCACAGCCCAACGUGGCUAUGGACGGGGGGGGGAGGGUCCCUGGCUCCGUGGGCAUUGCGGGUGUCCCCCAGGACAUCCACCCACACGUACCCGCUGUGCCCUGGGGCAGCUGCUGUCCCCACAGCUCAGCCUGAGGCAGGCAUAGGAACGCUGCUGCUGGCAUCCGCCCAAGAGGGUCAGGAAAGUGUUUGCAGUGGGGCAGGAUGUGGGAAGGUGGCCAGGAAAGGUCUUGCCCGGUCCCCUGUGCCUCAGCUGUGUGCAAGGUCAGGCUGGGUUGCAAAGCCUGGACAUGCAGAAAUGCAGGGCUGCUGCUGGGGUGGGGCUGUGCUGCUCUGCAAAGAGCCCUCUUGAGCGCAGUAGUGCUGUGCUAGGCACCAUCACAGCUACCCUGGGCCCUGCUCCCCUUCUCUGUGCUCCCCAGGGACACCAGUGAAGGAGCUCCACGGUUGCUGUGCCCAGGAGCGGGGCACCCAGCCGGGGCCGUGCCGCAGCAUGGGCUGAGGGAGAUGCAGGUCCCCCCUGCCACGGGGCUGAGAGCAGGCUGAUAGAUACCAGGAGCACGGGGCUGUGCCGAUGGAUGCGCUCACAGCUUCUUCUGGUUCUCUUCACCUAGCUGUGAGCGCUUUGCCUACGACAAACAUCUGCACGCUUCUCCCUGCCCUCACACCCGGGCUGGUUUCACUGUCCCUCCCAAUGGAGCAGGGAUGCAGACUCCACUCCCAUCCUGCAGUGUGUCCCCUGUCCCUGCAGGGACCCAGCCCCGAGGGUGAUGCAGCCCAGUGAGCCACCACUGCCCCAGCUGAAGCUCCGCAGGCCCCUGCAGCGGGGCAGGAUCCCAGCACCCUUCAUGGACCCGGUACGUCACCGCACUGCUCCGCCAUCCCUCGCUCGUGUCCCCGCCCUUCCCCUUCGCUCCAGGCAGGCCCGGGGGAACCAUGCUGCUGCACAGGGCAUGCCAGCGGAGCCAGCAGCACACUGGAAAGACCCCCACAGCAUGGCUGCAGUGGACCCACUGGAUGUGGAUGCCCUGGUGCCCACACAUGAUGAGCGGGGCCGCGCUAUCCCUGAGUGGAAGCGGCAGGUGAUGGUGCGGCGGCUGCGGGCACGGCUGGCUGACGAGGCACCGGUGUGUGACCAGGUAGGGCCAGGCCAUGGGUGGGACACAGCUGCGUCCCUCGUGUCACCGUGGCCUGACGGCCUCCUGCCACAGGAGCCAGGAGCCUGGCGCUUCUCACCAUCCCACGAGGCCAUGCUGGGCCCCUUUGGCGAGCUGCUGACCGAGGCUGACCUGCAGCAGCUGGAGCGGGCGGUGGAGAGCCUGCGGCUGCGGCGGCGGGGAGAGGCCUACCAAGGCGAGCUGCAGCGCCUGGCACAGGAGCUGCGUGCCCUGCUGCCCUCCCCACUGCUCAGCAUCACUGUCAACAGCCCUCCUCCCGCUCCGGGGCAGCCCCUGCCAUUGUGGUGCAGCCGCCUGGCAGGCGUGGUGGGCAGCCUGGAAGCGCUGUUGUCCAAAGCUGAGGGGGCUUGUGGCAGCCCCACGCCUGCCCCACCGCCUGCACCUCUCCCCGCAGCCCUGCAAACACUGUCGGGCAGCCUGGCACAGCGGGAGAUCCGGCAGUGCGGGGUGAGCGUGCGCAGCCUGCGUGGGGCCUUCGAGCGGCCUGGCAGCAGAGAGAGUGGGCCCGGCAUGGUGGUGGAGGCCGCCAGCGACUCAGGGAUCAGCUGUGAAGAAGUGCUGUCGGAGGGCAGCGGGUCUCCAGUGCCAGAGUCGGCUGGGCUACGCAAGGAGCGCAUCGUGCUGCUCUUCCUCAGCCACUGGAAGCGUUCGGCUGGAGGCCUCAAUGCGUGGGCUGCGGCCUGCCGGGCGCUGCAGGCCCGGAGGGAGAGAGCGGGCGCCCUCAGCGAGGAGCAGCCGGGAGGGGGCAGGAGGGGCCGCUUGUCGCGGCAGUGCAGUGCCAUCCAGCAGCUCCUGGGAAGCUGGAGGGAUGUGGCCGCCUGCCCCCUGCCGCCGCUGCCUCCCAGCGCAGGCAGCCCCCAUGCCCCGCUGUCCCCGGAGCAGUUCGUGCGGCGCGCGGACGGGACGCCGGCCGACUAUGACAGUCUGACACUGGAGCUCUUCAUGCUGGGCUACUUCCGCAUCCUGGAGCGUGAGCUGCCCCCCGAGGAGCGCCGCGGCCGCCACCUGCUCUGCUUCGAGGUGUUUGACCACCUGGGCCGGCACGGCUGGGACACUGUGCGUGCCUUCCACCGCGCUGUCACUGAUGAGAUCGCGGCCGGCCGGCGGGGCUGGAGGGAUGGCUUCGAGGACAUCAAAGAGCGCUUCUUUGGCACCGCCAAGGGCUCAGCCCGGAGGGUGGGAGGGGCCAGGGGCAGCCCACCGCAGAGCACACCCCACCAUGGGCGCAGCAGCCAGGAGGAGAUCUGCAGGUGUAUCGACCGCAGCUUUGCCUUCUGGAAGGAGAAGGAGGCCGAGAUCUUCAGCUUCGAGGAGUGACGCCUAUUGAUGCCCUCUGUGCUUC